AUGUUUUUAGCACUAUAUCAGAUCGCGCCUACUGCAUAUGCUACUGGGUCUUUUGCGAGAAAAUUGAAUUCAAAUUUGAUGAAAUGCAUACAUCGAAAUAUUGAAUCAAAUGUAUAA